AUGGCAGUGUUCAGGACAGGGGGAUUGAGGCAACAAUCGGUCAGAAGACUGGCUGCAGAAUAUAAGCAGCUGAAAAGCGAUCCAGACGCCAAGUGGUUCGAAAUAAAUGACGAGCCAGAAGAUUUUAUACCGUUCACAGAUAACAAUACAGAGUAUGUUGGAAAGUGGGAAAUCACCAUAAAUGGUUUUAAAGACACUGUGUAUGAGGGAUAUUCUCUCAAAGCAGAUAUUUUCUUCCCAUCAGACUAUCCUUUGUCACCACCCAGGGUUAUGUUUAAAACCAAAAUGUACCACCCGAAUAUCUACAAUGAUGGAAGGGUGUGCAUUUCAAUUCUGCACACAGCCCAGACAGACCCACACUCAGACGAGUUGGACACAGAGCAGUGGACACCUGUUCUCUCUGUAAGAACAAUUCUUCUUUCCAUUAUGCUUCUUCUAAAUGAGCCAAACCCAGACUCACCAGCAAACCUAGAUGCUGCGCUGCACUUUAGAAGAAACAGGCCCGACUAUGAGGAGUAUGUUAAAACCAAGAUAUUAGGCGUGCACUAUUCUUCAUAG